CCCAAUCACCGGCAACGAUGUCUAUUCUCAUGGACAAACCCGGGAACGGCAGCACUCGUGUUAUUGAUAGUCUAAACACCGAUAAUGGCGUCUUUGAGCUGCGUAACUAUUCGCAGUUGGGAGGCACAGAAAACGACGAGCGUGACAUGCAAAUGCUGGGACGAACACAACAGCUCAAUCGCAACUUCAGAUUCAUCUCAACUCUGGGUUUCGCAUGCACGCUCAUGAGUACUUGGGAAAUUGCUUUGAUGACCAGUCUUUUUGCUCUCAUCAAUGGAGGCACUGCAGGAAUGAUCUGGGGUUAUCUUAUCGUGUGGAUUGGUUACAUGCUUGUGUUUGCGACAGUGGCGGAAAUGGCUUCAAUGGCGCCCACGUCAGGUGGACAGUAUCAUUGGGUUUCGGAAUUUGCACCUCCCUCUUCUCAAAAGUUCGUGAGUUAUAUCGUUGGAUGGACCUCAGUUCUAGGAUGGCAGACAGGCCUUGCAUCACUCGCCUUCUUAGCGGGCACGAUGAUCCAGGGCCUUCUUGUCCUUGACAAUCCCGACUAUGUCUUCAAGAACUGGCAUGGAACCCUACUUGUGAUCGCAAUCACAGCAUUUUGUAUUAUCUUCAAUACGUUUCUCGCCAAGAAGCUUCCUAUGGUCGAGGGUAUGGUUUUGAUCAUCCACCUGCUAGGAUUUUUCGCUGUCCUUGUACCACUUUGGGUCCUUGCCCCACGUAGCUCGCCAAAAGACGUUUUCACCGACUUUUUGAAUCUUGGAGGCUGGAGCUCAUCUGGGUUGGCUUUCAUGGUCGGACUACUUUCGCCAGUUUAUACCUUGAUUGGAGCCGACUCUGCAGUGCACAUGUCUGAAGAGAUCAAGGAUGCAUCAAUUGUGCUUCCAAGAGCCAUUAUCUGGGCUGCAUCCGUCAAUGGCACUCUCGGCUUCAUCAUGGUCAUCACGUUUUGCUUCACCUUGGGAAACGUGACCGAUAUCAUCGGCUCACCAACUGGUUACCCAUUCAUUCAGGUCUUUUUCAACGCAACUCAGAGCAACGUGGGGACGUCCAUCAUGACAUCGAUUCUCAUUGUCAACAUUACGUCCGCAUGUAUCAGCACAGUGGCUACUGUGUCACGUCAGACUUGGUCAUUUGCUCGCGACAAGGGUCUUCCAUUCUCUGAUUUCAUCUCCAAUGUCAAACCAGGUUGGAAUAUUCCUCUCAAUGCUGUUUUGAUCACGUUUGUCAUUACUUGUCUGCUCUCACUCAUCAACAUUGGUUCAACUGUUGCGUUUAAUGCAAUCGGAUCUCUCGCAGUCUCGGCUUUAUUAGCGACCUACAUCAUCUCAUUCACAUGCCUCAUCCUACGUCGCUUGAAGGGUGACCUUCCUUCCCGGCGCUGGACCCUUGGACGUUUCGGCCUUCCCAUCAACAUUGGAGCAGUUGCUUUUCUCCUUGUGGUCUGGGUCUUCAUUUUUUUCCCGCUGUCAACCCCAGUCACACCUGCAACGAUGAACUGGAACGUUGUCAUGUUUUGUGGUACGAUGCUGUUUGCUGUCGUAUAUUACUUCUUCGCAGGCAGACAUACGUAUACCCCACCAGUGAACUUGGUAAAGAGAAUGGAGUAA